CAGCUAUCAUCAACCCCCAUCUCGCCGCCACGCGCCCCGACUGACCUCGAGACAAGCAAGCCUCCGGAAGACUUGUCUCUCUACCGCCAUCAUGGCACCGCAACAGGACACCAUGUUCCGCUCUGCGGAUAUGUCCUUGACGCAGCUCUACAUCUCCAACGAGAUUGGCCGCGAGGUCGUCUCUGCGCUUGGAGAGCUCGGCGUCAUGGACUUUAGAGAUCUCAAUGCGGAGACGACCGCCUUCCAGCGUACUUUCACGCAGGAGAUUCGCCGCCUUGACAACGUGGAGCGUCAGCUGCGCUACUUCCACGCCCAGAUGGACAAGUCGAGCAUCGCGAUGCGCUCCAUCUACGAUUUCAACAACCCCUUCACGUCGCCGUCCGCCUCGGAGAUUGAUGAGUUGGCCGACAAGAGCCAGAACCUCGAGCAACGCAUCGCUUCCCUCAACGAGAGCUACGAGACGCUGAAGAAGCGCGAGGUGGAACUGACAGAGUGGCGCUGGGUGCUCAGAGAGGCCGGUGGCUUCUUCGACCGGGCCCGCGGCCAGACCGAGGAGAUCAGGCAGUCUCUCGACGACCAGGACGAUGCGCCUCUUCUCCGCGACGUCGAGCAGAACGGCUCCGGUGACGCCUCUGCCGAGCGAUCCUUCACCGUCAUGAACAUCGGUUUCGUUGCUGGUGUCAUUCCCCGUGAGCGCAUCGCCGCUUUCGAGAGGAUCCUGUGGCGUACGCUUCGUGGCAAUCUGUACAUGAACCAGACUGAGAUCCCCGAGCCCAUCAUCAACCCCGAGACCAACGAGGAGACCAGCAAGAACGUCUUCAUCAUCUUUGCUCACGGCAAGGAGAUCAUCGCCAAGAUCCGCAAGAUCUCUGAGUCCCUCGGCGCCGACCUCUACAGCGUCGACGAGAAUAGCGAGCUGCGCCGCGACCAGAUCCGCGAGGUCAACACGCGUCUGAGCGAUCUUGCCAGCGUUCUGCGCAACACCAAGUCGACCUUGGACGCGGAGCUGACUGCCAUCGGCCGCAAUCUCGCAGCAUGGAUGGUGGUCAUCAAGAAGGAGAAGGCUACCUACGAGACCUUGAACAGGUUCUCAUACGACCACCAGCGCAAGACACUCAUUGCGGAGGCCUGGACGCCCACCAGCUCGCUUGGACUCAUCAAGUCUACUCUUUCAGACGUAAACGAGCGUGCUGGAUUGUCGGUGCCAACCAUCGUCAACCAGAUCAAAACGACCAAGACCCCGCCCACCUACUUCAAGGUCAACAGGUUCACCAACGGUUUCCAGACCAUCAUCGACGCUUACGGCACCAUCAAGUAUCGUGAAGUCAACCCCGCUCUGCCCGCCAUUGUCACCUUCCCGUUCAUGUUCGCUGUCAUGUUCGGUGACGCCGGUCACGGUGUCAUCCUCCUGUGCGCAGCUUUGGCUAUGAUCUACUACGAGCGCAGGCUGGAGCGCAGCAAGCUCGACGAGCUGUUCUCUAUGAUGUUCUACGGUCGCUACAUCGUCUUUAUGAUGGGUCUUUUCUCCAUCUACACUGGUCUGAUCUACUGCGACGCUUUCUCGCUCGGCCUUCCCUGGUUCAAGUCCAUGUGGGUUUGGGACAACGAUGGCAAGGGCCCUACCGCUUCCCGUGUCGAGGGCCACACCUAUCCCUUCGGUUUGGAUUACCGCUGGCACGAUACCGAGAACGACCUGCUGUUCUCCAACAGUUACAAGAUGAAGCUCAGUAUCCUGCUUGGUUGGGUCCACAUGACCUUCUCGCUCAUGUGGUCGCUCGUCAACGCACGCUACUUCAAGACGCCUAUUGAUAUCUGGGGCAACUUCGUGCCUGGUAUGAUCUUCUUCCAGUCCAUCUUCGGAUACCUGUCAUUCUCCAUCGUCUAUAAGUGGUGCAUUGACUGGGCUGCCAAGGGCCAGGACCCACCUUCCCUGCUGAACAUGUUGAUCUACAUGUUCCUUCAGCCUGGUACUCUUGAGAACCCCGACCAGCCGUUGUACGCCGGUCAAGCCACCGUGCAGGUCAUCCUGCUGUUGAUGGCUCUUAUCUGCGUUCCCAUUCUCCUUUUCCUGAAGCCUUUCUACCUCCGCUGGGAGCACAACAAGGCCCAAGCUCUUGGCUACCGCAGCAUCGGCGAGACUGCCCGUGUCAGUGCUCUCGACGACGACGACGAAGCCAACGGAAACGGCAACGCUAACGGCGGCCGCGAGAGCUUUGGCGAUGAUGACGACGGCAUUGCUAUGAUCACCCAGGACAUUGGCCACGGCGAGGACCACGAGGAAUUCGACUUUGGCGAGAUUAUGAUCCACCAGGUCAUCCACACCAUUGAAUUCUGUCUUAACUGUGUCUCCCACACCGCCUCCUACCUGCGUCUCUGGGCUCUGUCUCUCGCCCAUCAGCGUCUCUCCAUUGUCCUGUGGGAGAUGACGAUGAAGAACGCGUUCACAUACACUGGCAUAACUGGCUCUAUCUUGAUGGUCUUCAUCUUCGGUUUCUGGUUUGCGCUCACAGUCAUGGUUCUCUGCGUGAUGGAGGGUACCAGUGCCAUGUUGCACUCCCUGCGUCUGCAUUGGGUCGAGGCUAUGAGUAAGCAUUUCAUUGGUGAUGGUGUGCCGUUUGAGCCAUUUAGCUUCAAGGCCCUGCUUGAGGAGGACCCAGUGGAGUAGUCAUUUCUUUUGUGUUGUAGGAUAUCGAAAGCGUAGCGAGUAUAUAGAAAUGUACGACGUGCACAUUG